UUUACUAUAGCUCCUCAUCCACCUUCGACCACAAAGGUUUCAUCUAUACCAACCGUUGAGGAGUCUAGUGUUGUUCCUCCUAGUUCCCCAGCCACACUCUUGACUUAUCAUCGUCGUUCGCGCCCUACAUCAGGCCCAACUGGUUCUCGUCCUGCACCUGCUCUUGAGGCGGACCCUGCUCCUAGUACACCGAUUGCACUUCGGAAAGGUAUACGAACCACACUUAACCCUAAUCCUCAUUAUGUCGGUUUGAGUUAUCAUCGUCUGUNCUUUGUCGGCACUCUGCUUCAAGUCUCUGAUGGUAUUACCAAUCUGAAGCAGCAUCUUUUCCAGCACUUCCAAACUAAGGAUCUAGGCAGAUUGAAGUACUUUCUACGUAUUGAGGUUGCCCAGUUUAGCUCAGUUGUCCGCAUUAUUCGGUAUAUAAAAUCGGUUCCAGGCAAAGGAUUAUUAUUUGAGGAUCUAGGUCAUGAGCAGAUCAAUUAUUGCAUGCAAGAAGUUUCUGAAGAGACGGAUCUUGAUGCGUUUGCUUGUAAUGGAUUACAAACAGCAACUCUUAGAGCUGAUCUUCAAUCUAUGCAGGAGGAAGCUGGGGAUGGCUUAGUACUGCCAAAGCAUAAUAAAGGCUGCCACUGCAAGAAAUCAGGCUGCCUUAAGAAGUACUGUGAGUGCUUCCAAGCCAACAUUCUUUGCUCUGAAAAUUGUAAAUGCAUGGACUGCAAAAAUUUUGAAGGAAGCCAAGAGAGGCAGGCUCUUUUCCAUGGAGAUCAUGCCAACAACAUGGCAUAUCUCCAGCAAGCAGCAAAUGCUGCUAUAACUGGUGCCAUUGGAUCCUCUGGUUAUGGAUCUCCUCCAGUGAACAAGAAAAGAAAGGCUCAGGAGCUGUUCUUUGGGUCAAUGAUUAAAGACCCUGUUCAUAGGCUCGGUCAACUUCAACAGGAAAGCCAAAUCAAAGCUUCAGUUCCACCAUCUCCGCUGUCUUCUAUUCCUGGUCCUCGCGUUGGUAAUGCUGCAGCAUUAGGUCCUUCAAAGUUUACCUACCGGUCCCUGUUAGCAGACCUAAUCCACCCACAUGAUAUCAAGGAGCUUUGCUCUGUUUUAGUUGACUAUGCAUGGGAAGCGGGCAGGAUGCUUGCAGAUGAAAGAGAUGCUUCACUAAAACAAGCGAAGUGCCACAGUGAAGCUUCUUACCCUUCAUCAGGUAUUGAGAAGGUUAUACCUGAUGAUUGUUCAAAUGCAGUCCGGGCCGAGAAUAUGGAUGAGUCUAGUUUGGAUAGUGCUAAUGUACCAAAAGAAAGGCCAAUGUCUCCGGGAACAUUAGCACUCAUGUGCGAUGAACAGAAUACGAUUUUUACUGCGGCUGCUGCUCCCCCUAAUGACCCAACAAGCCUUAGCAAUAAUACAUCUUCCCAACUUCCUCAUGGGCAGGGCAUGAAAGAAGUCUACCCAGAACUGGAGAAGAUCGUAUUGACGCGAACGCGUGAUUGCCUUAAAAAGCUGAUCACUUUAGGAGAAUUAAAAGAAACAAAAUGUUCUUCAAUGGUGCGAGGUGCUGAUUCAGGUAGCCAAAAUGAAGUGAACGGCAACGGCAUAGCCAUGACUGAUUCAAGGAAUCAACAUGAACCUUUCAGGAAUGGUGUUGCCAAUACUGUUCCAACUCCUCCUCCACCUCCACCUCCACCGCAAAAGGUUGAACCUGGAACUACUGCUUUUAAUAAUAACCCAUGUCCUAAAGUUCAUCCUCCGGAUGGGAAUGGGGACGUGAAAUCAAAAAUCUGUAAUAAGCUGUAAAGAGAUUUAGGAUGAGGUUUGCCUCGAGCUGCUGCAUCUCUGUAAUAUUAGGCUAUUCUUUAUUCAGUUUGUCUUCGAUGCAGUGGCAAGGUUAUUUCAGGCCUCAUUUGUUAGAAAGUUAGAACUAACUAGCACCAUUCAUGUAACCUUACUACAGUUUUCCUUAGUAUAAUUUUAUUGAAAGUUACAAUUA